UGCCGCCAUUUUGUUCUAAAACCGUGAAGGAAAUCAGUUACUGUGUUUCAGUGAUUUGUUUUAAAAGAAUAAGUGUCAAUUAUCUUAAUAAGUUAGUAAAGUGUUAAAUGGAAAUGGCGCGACGUGUCAUUUCCGUUCUGGUUUUCGGUAUUGUUCUUGUUAUCGGAGUCCACUGCCAAAACGCAACGGAAGCCCCAAAAGCUGACGAUACAUGGAAGGAGACUGGCAUUUGCAGAAAAUGUAUUUGCAAAGAUGAUAAAGUGAAUUGCUUAGACCAAGGAAUUGUAGAAUAUUUUAAAAAGGAAGAAUGGGCCAAUUUGAAGCCUAUGAAACCAGCGACCAUAGACUUGAGUGAUAACUUAAUCAGAAACGUAACAGUUAUGGCAGAGCUGCCAGUCAAAGUGCUGAACCUCUCGCGAUGCUCCAUCGAGUUCAUAGAGAACGCGAGUUUCAAGGAUUUGCAGCAGAUGCAGGUUUUAGAUCUAAGUCACAACAGACUUACCACAGAAAAACUGAGCCCACAUGCUUUUGAGGGUCGCUAUGCGCCAGAGGAGUACGAGCCUCUCGCCUCCAUGCGAACUCUCAACUUAGCGUACAAUGAGCUGCACUCUCUCAACCAGGAUCUGUUCGAGCAUAUGCCGGAACUGACAGAGUUGGACCUCAGUGGAAAUCCACUUACUACCAUCGACCACGUCACUGUCAUCGCUAUAUCUAGCCUGCCGAUGUUGAAGAUCCUUCGCAUGAGAUCCUGUGGAUUCUCGGAUAUACCGGACAAGUUCCUCCACACCCCUCGCUUUCUGGAACGCCUGGACAUUAGUGACAACAAGCUGAACGCCGUCCCCCAGGAGUUAAAGGAGACCAAGAACCUAAUAUACUUGAACUUGAACCAGAAUCCGAUUAAAUUAUUGGAUGAGUUAUCUGAAGAUUUUCCGGGCUUCCCCCAACUCCGCAAGUUACGAGAACUUCACAUGUGCAACAUGAAGCAAUUGACCCGGAUCGGGCCGGGGGCAUUAGCUGGGCUGCAGAACAUCCAAAGUCUGCACAUAAGCUUCAACCCCAAGCUCCACACAAUUGACCCUCGUGCGUUGGCCAGGCCUGAUGAUAUAGGCGAGAACUACGACUGGCCUUUGGUUAAAGAGCUUUACCUGCAAUCCAACAACCUUACAGAGAUCGACUCUCGUUUACUCUCUCGUUGGGAUCUCCUAGACGCUAUUGACGUCAGCAACAACCCUUAUCUAUGCGACUGCUCAACACAGUGGAUGGUCGAUAUGCUGGUACCGGUGGUGGAGCAUAAGGCUGUCAAUGCGUCACAGAAGAUGGUCUGUGAGGAGCCGAUAGAGAUGAAGGGUUACACGAUGAAGCACCUUCAUGACAUCCACCGCACUAUGCGCUGCGUCGACAAGUAUGGUAACCGCCCAGAGAAGGACGGCGCCAUUCUGCUCGGGACACUUAUUGGUGUCCUGUUAGCAGUGCCAAUAAUGUUCUCACUGAUGCUGCUCUGGCGUAAUGGCUAUUUCGCCUGGAUGGGUCUGCGCGGACCCGUUGACGUCUCCCGCGCCUUCUACAAACGUGCUCCCAACGACGACAACUAUAUAUAAAUGUUACUUAUUAAUUAAUAAUAUAAGUGUUCUUAGACUGUAAUAUAUUUUGUAUAAUAAAGU